AUGUUACCAAUAAAUAUAUGGCAUAGUUUAAAAUUACUAUUGAUUUAUUCAUUCAUAUUUGGCGAAGCGUUUGAAAUUCCAGAUGCAUUUCAAAAAUCAAAUCACACCAAUAAUUGGGCAGUACUCGUUGAUACAUCUCGAUUUUGGUUUAACUACAGGCAUGUGGCAAACGUACUUUCCAUCUAUCGGAGUGUCAAGCGAUUAGGAAUCCCCGAUAGUCAGAUAAUACUCAUGAUAUCAGAUGAUAUGGCCUGCAAUCCUAGAAACCCGAGGCCGGCGACAAUAUUCAAUAAUGCUCAUGAACAAAUAAAUGUAUAUGGAGAUGAUGUAGAAGUGGAUUAUCGAGGUUAUGAGGUGUCAGUAGAAAAUUUUGUUCGCCUACUAACUGGUAGAGUGCCACCCGAUACUCCUAGGUCAAAGAGACUUUUAACUGAUGAAGGAAGUAAUAUUCUGAUAUAUCUUACCGGACAUGGUGGUGAUGGGUUUUUAAAAUUUCAAGACUCUGAAGAAAUAACCAGUCAAGAGCUUGCAGAUGCCUUAGAACAGAUGUGGCAAAAGAGGAGGUACAAUGAGAUAUUUUUCAUAAUAGACACAUGUCAAGCGUCUUCUAUGUAUGAGAAGUUCUAUUCGCCGAAUAUUUUAGCUACUGCUAGUAGCUUAGUAGGAGAGGACUCCCUCUCGCAUCACGUAGAUUCAGCUAUUGGUGUGUACAUAAUAGACAGAUACACAUAUUACGUUUUGGAAUUCCUGGAAAAUGUGCAUCCAAACAGCAAGAAGACCAUGUCUGAAUUUCUGGCGGUUUGCCCUAAACAUGCCUGCAUUUCAACUGUGGGCGUACGUCGAGAUUUGUUCAAGAGAGACCCAAGCAGAGUACCCAUCACCGACUUCUUCGGCUCGGUUAGACCAGUCAUUAUCACAACUGACUCCAUAGAUAUUGUUGAUAUACCAAAGAGAAAGAGUGCCAAGACUGAAAAUACAACAAAAUCACAAGGAAAGAGAGGGUACCUGCCUCAGUUUCCCAUAGAUUUAAUACCAAACACAGUAUGA